GUCAUCAUGGAUGACUAUCCCAUCCAAGGCCUGUUGGCCCUUUCUGUAUUAUUGGGGCCCCUGUUCAGGCUGAUGUUCCCACUGGGGUUCGGACGUGUGUGCAUGUCCCGCAUGCUGAUGCGAUCAGGAGCAGUCAAGUCUGGCCCCACACCUGCGGAGCAAGCCGAAAUUGACCGCAGGCUAGCAGAAAAGAAAAAAGAAAAGGAAGCAAAGAAGAAACAGAAAGAAGAAGAGGCAAGGAAGAAGAUGAAAGAGAAGAUGGAGAAAGAGUUGGAAGAAGAGUUGAAGAGCAUAGRAGAAGAAGAAGAGACAGAACAGGAGGAAGAACCGACAUUGCAAAGGCGUCGUCCCAUCGACAUUCCGGGGAAUAGUACAACACAGAAACUUCCCGUUGAACCCUUGAAUUGGGCUAAUCAAUACUACUACUCCAGCGAAUUACUGAAAGAGUCGGAAGAAGAACGAGAUGUGUUUAUUGCCAAGCUGGCCACGGUGACAGAUACCGUUGAGCGAAACCUGAUGAUGGAAGAAAAAAGGGCUGAGUUGCACAGUAAAUUGCUAGCAACUAGAAGACAAGAAAUUGAUGAAAAGAAAAGACUGCAUGCAGAAGGGGAAAGACUGCAAAAGGCCCUAGAAGCCCAAAAGGAAGACCCCUCUGCAACUGAAGUUCAGCUAGCUUUACUCAGAGAAGCAGUGCUUAACACAAGACAAGAUAUGAACUUAAUACGUCAGACCCUGCAAAGAGUUGAAACGCAUCGGGUGGAAUUAGAGAAGUCUGCUAAGGACGUGGACCAUCAUGUUCAGACAUAUAUCCAGGUUUUGGAUGAUCAUGUCACUAAAACAUUCACUCCGGAAGUCGUAGAGAGGAUUGUAAAGGGAGCUGGAGGCGACAGAGGAGAUGAUGAUGGCGACGACGAUGAUGAUAAGAAAGGGAAGAAGAAUAUUGGGGAUCCAACAGGAAAACUUCCUCAGGAAAUCGGGCAGGUCAACAAGAUAAAACUUAAACUGCCCUGGACCUACAAUGGAAAAAAAGAAGAAAGUGUGUUACACUGGGCGACAGCAAUCGAAACUUACUUGUACGGACAACGUAUCCCAUACUGGGACAAGGUGUUGAUGGCAACGUCGUGCAUGGGAGGCGACGCCAUGAGCUUUGCCAUCUCGCUACAAAAAGAGGCGGGAUGCAGCUCUAUGGUCGAAUAUUCACAGCAAACACGUAUUGAGGAUUUCCUUAAAACGAUAAGAGAGAGAUUUGAGGACAAGAACCUGGCAAGGCGCACAGAAAUGUUGAUCCUCAACCUCCCCGAUAGGAAAUGGAAGAGCGCUUCUAGGGGGAAGGGCCUGGACUCUUAUGUUGGUGAAGACGAGCGUGAGGCCAACAUCAAUAUGCACAACUUUCCCUUGUUCAGCAAGAAGACCCUAGACCUUGAGGCCAAGAUAGGGCAUGGACAUAACCCCACGACGGAUGGUAGGAAGAAGACACUGCCUCCCAACUGGAAGGCGAAGGGUCGCAUUAUGUUUGUCGAUAACGAUGGUUCAACCAUCGAGUUAGAUGACAACUUCCAGGAGGGAGUAGGUUCAGAGGCUGGCAGCGUAGAAGCUUCAGGGGGUGGAGUAGUAGCUGUCGUAGCGCAGAAAGUCAUAGAGCAGUAUGACUUUGAGCCCCAGUACAUUAAGGGCGAGUACAACAAGGUUGCUGAUGCGCUGUCGCGUAGACCAGAUUUCUCUGGUGCGCUGAUCACUGAGUUUGGGCUUGCGGACGAUGUUACUCAGUCUAAGGUGGAGGCCUAUCGCGAGGACCGGUUUAUGUCUGAGAUCAUACGCAGACUUAAGGGGAAGGACAAGGUGACUUCUGCCGAGUUUGAGUUGCUCAGAGAUUCCAAGCUAUACGUGGAAACUUGUCAGGUUCUCUUGACGGAUUACCUAAGGUGCCUACCUGCAGAGGUAAGGACCAAGCUGGUUGAUGAUGCCUAUGUCAAACUGCAUGCCUUCGCUACUUUUAGUAAGAAAGCUCUGGACAUAGAGGCAAAGCCGGGAUCUGCGCAUAAGGCAUCUCAUGAUGGUAGGAAGAGACUGCCCCAAGACUGGAAGAAGAAGGGUCAGUUCAUGUUCAUUGACCACGAUGGUCAAACGACUGAGAUUGACGAUUUCCCAGACCUUGGGGAGUUGACAAAGUAGGAUGGGGCUAGUGAGACUUCAGAUGGUGGAGUCGUGGCGCCCAUCAAAGAAA